GGCACAGCCAAGUGUCUAGGACGGUGUCCCCCACAGAUUCGGAACAAAAACGUGGAAGCUGGUUUUGUGUGAUAGUGCAGGGCAGUGCAAAGUUUGUAGGAUUUUAAGUUUCGUUAAGUUUAGCAAAAAAAAGAAAGAAAAUGCCCUUCCUCGAGCAUCUCAGCGACAACUACACGGCCGUGUUGCGGCCCGAGGCGCGACUGUCGGCCGAAACUCGCUACCUGGGCUGGAACGUGGCCCCCGAAGAUCUCCCACACAUUCCGGAACAUUGGCUCAAGUACCCGGAACCGGAAGCUUCGCUGCACUAUCUGCUCGGUUUGCUGUACAUUGCGUUCACAAUUUUCGCCCUGGUCGGAAAUGGACUCGUCAUCUGGAUAUUCUCCUCCGCCAAAUCGUUACGCACGCCGUCCAACGUGUUCAUCGUUAACCUGGCGAUCUGCGACUUCCUGAUGAUGGUCAAAACGCCCAUUUUCAUCUACAACUCGUUCACGAGGGGAUUCACCACGGGAUAUCUGGGCUGCCAGAUCUUUGCCUUUAUCGGAUCGCUGUCGGGAAUCGGUGCCGGUGCUACCAAUGCUUGCAUUGCGUACGACAGGUAUAAUACGAUUGCGCGGCCAUUCGAGGGAAAGCUGACCCACACCAAGGCCAUCUUCAUCACGUGUCUGGUUUGGGCGUACACCAUUCCGUGGGGCCUCCUGCCGCUGAUGGAGAUUUGGGGUCGUUUUGUACCGGAGGGUUACCUCACGUCCUGCACCUUCGACUACCUGACCAACACGUUCGACAACCGCAUGUUUGUGGGCACCAUCUUCACCUUUAGCUACGUUCUCCCGAUGAGCCUCAUCAUCUACUAUUACAGCCAAAUCGUAAGCCACGUCGUGAACCACGAGAAGGCACUCCGCGAGCAGGCCAAAAAGAUGAACGUUGAUUCGCUGCGCUCGAACCAGAACCAGGCCAACUCGUCGGUCGAGGUGCGCAUCGCAAAGGCGGCCAUCACCGUCUGUUUCCUGUUUGUGGCUUCGUGGACCCCGUACGCCGUACUGGCGCUGAUUGGCGCCUUCGGUGACAAGAGCUUGCUGACUCCGGGAGUGACCAUGUUCCCGGCGUGUGCAUGCAAGUUCGUUGCCUGUCUGGACCCGUACGUGUACGCCAUCAGCCAUCCCAGGUACAGGGUGGAGCUGCAGAAGCGACUGCCGUGGUUGGCCAUUACGGAAACGUUGCCGUCGGAUACGGCGUCUACCACGACGGAAGCUACCACGACGAACGCCACGGCAUCGUCCUAAGUGUUGAUCUGUAGUUUAAUAAGUAUUGAUAAAGUAAACGGAAUAUAAAUCUACCCAAUGAAAACCAUUGCUACGAAAUACCGGACUCGAUACAGGAAAUCUCACCAAUGUUUUUGUUUUAGUUUUUCACAAAAAAUGUUGAACAACCGGAAUUAAUUGAAUAAUUAUAAAGCAAUUGAAGAAGAAAA